CUUGGCGUUGAAGCGUUGUGUUGGAACUUGAAACGAAUUUAAUCAAAUAUCAAAUAAAAUGGCCAAGAUCGCUUUGGUGCUGCUGCUGGUUGCCUUCGUUGCUGUCUGCAACGCUGGACGCAUGCCCCGUGAGGCGCCCGCCACUGCCCAAGACCCACAGUGGGGUGAUUUGCUGGAGCAGGCUGUGAACCAGAUGAAGGCGCUCGCCUCCAAGGAGAACGUCGACAAAGCCGCUAAGGUGUUGGACGACCUCCAGGCCAAGGUGAAGGCAACUGGCGAGGAGCUGGUGGGCAAAGUGAAGGAGCAGGCGGAACAAGCGCGCCAGUAUAUUGAGAAGUUGAACGAGUCUCAUGCCCCUAAGUAAACUGAACAAACAGCAGCUAAAAUAAAAUAAGCACUUGCUAAACAAAAAAACAAAAA